AUGGAUAUCGCUCUGGAGACCAUCGACACGUUUGUGUUCGACUACGUCUACGCCAAGGUUCUGCCCUACAAAAUGAAGCUUGCUCCCCAGGUGGCCAAGUUUCUCCGUGUCCAGGACUUUUCAAAGUCUCUGAUCGACCGCAACACGGGCUUUUUCUUCCCCGAGGCUGCGGCCAAGCUGGCGACCGCCAAGAACCCCGAGUUCUACGGCGAGCCCGUGUUCUGGAAACACGCCUACGACCACGUUCUGGCCUGCGGCUCCAUUUUCGCCCGAGACCACAUCAUCCGACAGAUCAUCUCCUUCACCAUCAUCACAGCCACCUUUGGAGCGCUUCUGUACCUGUCGUUCGCCACGCUGUCCUACCUGUUUGUGUUUGACCGAGAUACCUUCAACCACCCCCGUUUCCUCAAGAACCAGAUCACCCUGGAGAUCACCCAGGCCCUGAGCGCCAUCCCCUUCAUGUCUCUGUGCACCGCCCCGUGGUUUGUCGCAGAAGUCAGAGGCUACUCACGCAUGUAUCUGGAGGUUGAGAAACACGGCUGGCUGUACUUGAUUUUGCAGUUCCCGCUGUUUCUCAUGUUUACCGACUGUGGCGUCUACCUAAUCCACAGAGGUCUGCAUCACAAGUGGGUCUACAAGCACCUGCACAAGCCCCAUCACAAGUGGAUCAUGCCCUCUCCGUUCGCGUCGCAUGCCUUCCACCCUCUCGACGGCUACUUUCAGUCUCUGCCCUACCACAUUUUCCCCUUCCUGCUACCUCUCAACAAGAUUUCCUAUCUGAUUCUCUUCACCUUUAUCAACUUCUGGACCAUUAUGAUCCACGACGGCGAGUUCCUCGUCAACUCUCCCGUCAUCAACGGUACCGCCUGUCACACGGUCCACCACCUGUACUUCAACUACAACUACGGCCAGUUCUUCACUCUGUGGGACCGAGUGGGAGGCUCGUACCGACAGCCCGAAGAUGAGUUCUUCGACCACUCCCUCAGGAAGGACGAGCAGACCAUCCGACGCCAGGUUGGCGAGUUUGAGAAAAUCCGAGCCAAGGAGGAGAGCGCUGACGAUCGAGUCUACGUUGGAGAUACCGCCGCCAAGAAGACUGUUGCUGUCAAGCGAAACACCAAGCAGGAUUAA